UCUAUAUGAAGCUCCUCCAAUUCCAUUCCCCCACCACCUUCAACCUCAGCAUAUUCUAAGAAACAAAAAUGGCAGAAAAUGUUGAAUCAAAGGAAAAUCAAGCGGGCAGGCAUCAGGAGGUUGGCCACAAGAGCCUUCUCCAAAGCGAUGCCCUCUACCAGUAUAUACUUGAAACGAGUGUGUAUCCAAGGGAGCCAGAGGCCAUGAAAGAGCUAAGAGAAAUAACUGCAAAGCAUCCAUGGAAUAUAAUGACGACGUCGGCUGAUGAGGGGCAGUUCUUGAACAUGCUGUUGAAGCUGAUGAACGCCAAAAACACGAUGGAGAUUGGGGUAUACACUGGCUACUCUCUCUUGGCCACCGCACUCGCCCUCCCCCACGAUGCCAAGAUACUGGCAAUGGACAUUAACAGGGAGAACUACGAGUUGGGUCUGCCCGUCAUCCAGAAGGCUGGCGUCGCCCACAAAAUUCACUUCAAAGAAGGUCCUGCUUUGCCCCUUCUUGAUCAAAUGAUUCAAGAUGGAAAGUAUCACGGAACAUUCGACUUCAUAUUUGUGGAUGCUGACAAGGACAAUUACCUCAACUACCACAAAAGGCUCAUCGAUUUGGUUAAGAUUGGUGGUGUGAUCGGCUACGACAACACCCUGUGGAACGGCUCUGUGGUGGCCCCACCAGAUGCCCCAAUGAGGAAGUAUGUAAGGUACUACAGGGACUUUGUGCUGGAGCUCAAUAAGGCUCUUGCAGCUGAUCCAAGGAUUGAGAUCUGCCAGCUCCCCGUUGGCGAUGGAAUUACUUUGUGCCGCCGCGCCAGCUGAUCAGCCUCUCAGAACUAUUCUUUUCAAUAUAUAUAUAUAUAUCCAACUCCGAUCGUAUUCCUAUUGUUGUGACUUUGUAUUUCUAUCUCUUCAAAUUAUAAUUUGAUUGAGUAAAUAUCAAAUCCCAUUUAAUGUUUGUUUUU